AUGUCGUCCAUUCCUGUAGGCGUCUACGGACGUCGCAUUCCGGCUGGAGGCAUUCCCAUCCUGGCUGCUGUCGACCAGUCUGUCACUUUCCGUAUUACUAUGGCCGCUAUCGACCCAGAUGCUGAGCCCCAAAUCGAUGAUGAGCACAAGCACCCUCGCGCAACCCUUAAGCUCAUCCGCGUGCCCUCAGACUAUGACAGCGAGGAUGAUGAUGAUGAGGACUACGAGGAGGGCGACAUCGAGGCCAUCGCUGCUCGUCUGCGCGCUGCUGGUGCGCUUCCUGAGGCCGACUCGGAUUUGUCCGACUCCGAGGACAGCGAGAACGAGAAGAACGGUGGCCCCAGCGACCCAGCCCGGUCAAAGAAGGCCAAACAGGCAGCCCUCACCAAGAAGCUGCAAGAAGAGCUCGAGGCCGACGAGAUGGACAUUGACGGCAUGACCAACGGCAAGGGAAAGGCCAAGGGCAAGGCCAAGGUCACCGACGACGACGAUUUGAGCGACGAGGAUGACGAAGAUGAUGAGGAUGAUGAGGACGAGCCUGAGGAGCUUGUCCUGUGCACUCUCGACCCCGAAAAGCACUACCAACAACCUCUCGACAUCACCGUCCGCCAAGGCGAGGAAGUCUACCUUGCUGUCAGUGGUACUCACGAUGUUUACGUUACUGGUAACUACCUCGUAUUCCCCGAGGAGGAUGACGAGGAGGAUGACGAGGACGAUGGUCUUGAGGGCCUCGGUUACGACAUGGGUUCUGACGAGGAUGAGCUCGACGAGAUGGACGAGUCUGAGGACGACGAGCUCGACGGUAUGAACGACCCCAGGAUCACUGAGGUUGAGUCUGACGAGGAGGAAGCUCCCAAGCUCGUUGAUGCCGGCAAAAAGAACAAGAAGCGCGCUGCCGAGGAGGAUGCCACUCUUGAUGACAUGAUCAGCAAGACGAAUGGUGACGCCAAGCUUAGCAAGAAGGAAGCUAAGAAGCUGAAGAAGAACGACGGCCAGGCUGUUGCCAAGGCUGCAGAGCCCGAGAAGAAGGCUGAGAAGGUUGAUACCCCCAGCAGCGACAAGAAGAAGGUUCAGUUCGCUAAGAACCUUGAGCAGGGCCCAACUGGCUCCCCCAAGGUCGAUGCCAAGCCAGAGGCAAAGAAGGAGGCCGCUAAGGGACCUCGCAACGUCAGCGGUGUCAUCGUUGACGACAAGAAGGAGGGUAAGGGCAAGGCUGCCAAGAAGGGUGACCGUGUCGAGAUGCGCUACAUCGGCAAGCUCAAGAACGGAAAGGUGUUUGAUUCCAACAAGAAGGGCAAGCCAUUCUCUUUCAAGCUCGGUGUCGGUCAAGUCAUCAAGGGAUGGGACGUCGGUGUCGCUGGCAUGACUGCUGGCGGUGAGCGUCGUCUCACUAUCCCCGCCGCGAUGGCUUACGGCAAGAAGGGUGCUCCCCCGGACAUUCCCCCCAACUCUGACUUGAUCUUUGACAUCAAGUGCAUUUCCGGAAUUCCAUCACCCCCUUCAAGUCCCCCCCUCGCCGCCAAACACGCGUCCGCCACUCGAGGUGGAAAGGCGCGCAGAGGGGGGGCAGCAUACACCAUCACGGGAGAGUGUGAGAGACUCUUCUGCGAGACACUGCGAUCUGUAUUUCUGGGUGAGGGGAGCCAGCAUCGCCAGAACUCGCUAGUGAUGGGUAUGCCAUCUGACAACGCUACGACUGCAACCACCGCCAUUACCAAUGACUACGGUAUCGAUGCACGUCGCUACUCCGACUCUUCGACUGAAUCUGAUGUGCCUGAAAUGGUGCGAUUCGAGGAAGAGAAGGGUGCGAUAUCCGACUACAUCGAGAUGUGGGAUUACGUUGGUGGGAUUAGGUUCCGGGGGUUCGUUGCUGAGAAGGAGGACGAGAGGGCCAUGUUCAUCUUCUUCGAUGAAUCCGUCAUCAAUGGUGACCUCAAGGCUGGUCUCAUGGCCCUCCUCGAACUUUGCGAAGUCGAUAACUUCUCCUGCAACCGUCUCGCCCUUUGCAUCGACCGCCACGCCGAUCAAGCCGCCCUUAACAAUCUAACCAAAGAUCUGGGCUGGAUCGGCUUCGGUCUCACGACACUCGACGAGUUCAGCCAAGGCGAGGAGUUGACAAGCAAGAAGUGGCUGUUCAUGGAUAUGGAAAUAUAG